AUGUCUGCUCCGUCCUCCUCCUCCGGCUAUGCUCCAGAUGGCCCCGAGGAGGAGGAUUCGAGCCAGAUCGUCUCGACGACCCAGAGAAAGCCCAGGUUCCUACAGUACCCGCCGGACGUGCCGCGUAUGACCCGGCUCGGUCCUUGCACUUUCGGCGUGAACACUGGACCUGUGGCUGAUAAUGCUGAUCUGACCAAGCUCACACUCCCCAUGCUUGAGGAGCAGCUUGGCUUGCGAGAUAUCCCCGAUGGUGGCAAGAAAAAGGAUCUGAUCGAGCGACUGAGAAACUGGAAGACUUGCAAGCCUGAGAUCGUCGCUGGCAGAGAGGCACCCGAUCGCCAAGUCUUCGGUCCCAUCUCUCAGAAUAGGAGCGUCACAGGAAAUGAGAAGGAUUACCUCAGCGCUGCCAAGAAAGCCAUGGAGGAGUCGAUGUACAUCAUCAAGCAGCAGGACAACUAUGACGGCUCGCCAGGAUUGACUGUCGGCGUUCAUUCUGGAUCGGGCUCAGACAAUUACCAGGUCACUAUUGGGAACAAGACUUUCUGCAACUGCUCGAGCAUUGUGCGUGAGAGCCAGAGUAUCUGUAAGCCACAGUCACUGAUUGACCUCUACCAGACGUACCGACCCAAGAGCAACUGCAAGCACAUCAUUUACGUCCUGGCACAUAUUCUCCGUGCCCCUGCCGAGCUUCUCCCGCAGAGGACCCUCUUCACCGAGGAGCUCAUGAAGCUCCUUGACCGCGCGCCCAAGGUACGCUUCACUGCGGCCGAGGUCAGCACCGACCCCUCCAUGUCGGAUGGCGUUCCAAAGUCCAAGGACGGCAAGUGCUGCCCGGUCUGUUUCAAGGACAUUGGCGAAGCGCAGACUGCUUGCUGCGGAAAGUGCGGCAACCAUACCCACUCUUCCUGCUUCGAUAUAUAUGCGCGGGAGCUCAGCGGCUAG